UGCAUGCAUGGUUGAAGUGUGAUAUUCUGCCUCCACGCUGCAAUGAACAGAGAGUGAAAAGAGAAAGGAGGGAGAGGGGAUCUUGGUUUCAUGGAUUGCUCUGUGGAGAUAUUGUUACAUUAGAGUGAAUCCAAGUAAUGACAUGGUUUCUAAGCACCAGCAGAGUGAGCUCCUCUGGCUGAGCUGCUAUUUAACUGGCUGAGAUGAUGGACUAGUUGGACACAGUUGGCGUGAGAUCAAACAUUUGGUCCUUUAAAGGGCCCUUCUAACCAAGAGGCUGAAUGUUUAUGGUAUUUAUGGGUCAUUGAUGGUAGUGGUUCUUAUUUUGGAGGGUGUAACUGCGCAGGCUGUUAAGGUAUGCAUGACUGAAUAGGCGAACUCCAAACUGAAUUUCACUCAGGAUUUGGGAGAUGAUGGAUGGAUAAAGGAGGGCCAUGCUGCUGAGUAGAGAGCUUGCAUCCAUCUGACACAGAAGAUCACCUCUACCACACGGAGGAGAGAGGAACCUGCUGGCUAUGAUGCAUUGCUGGAGCCUGUUUGUGUCCACAUUUACAGACGACUUGUAGGACCAUACAUUUAUUUGACCAUGGGGGAGGAGGUGAAAAAGCGCCCCAUCAUUGCUGGCAGAGAGAAAGGGCCAGGACCUGGGCGUUACGCUCUGCCACCAACUAUUGGUUUCAUCGGCCAUGACUUCACCAAGCCAACCAGCCCUGCUUACUCCUUCCACGGCAGAAUGAGCAACAACUUGUACGGUGUUGACUCCAGUCCUGGGCCUCAGUAUUACAUUGAUGCAAAAAUCACCCGUUUCGGUAGGGAUGGCAACCCCGCAUACUCCAUGUUGGGCAGAGUGAGAGGAUCAUCAAGUAAGUUCCCACCUUCAGCAGGGCUUUUCCAGACUCCUGGACCUGGGGCAUACAGCCCUGAGAAUGCUCCUCCAUGCAACACCCAGCGCAGACCCCCAUCCUACACCAUGGGCUCCCGCACUCGCUACCGUACCAUCGACUCAGUACCUGCCCCCAACAAGUACUGUCUCCCUGCUCUCAUGGGCCCCCAAGUUCCCACCAAGCCAGCCAGUGCGAGCUAUACCAUGUCAGGGCACUGCAAAUUAGGGGGUCCCUCAGAGGACCUGUCCAAGACCCCAGGCCCAGGUAGAUACAACAGUACAGAUCCAAGUGUCUACCUGCCCAGGCAACCAGCUUUCUCCAUGCUAGGUCGCCAUGGCUUUCCCAACGAUGCCACUCUGAAGCCUGGCCCUGGAACUCAUAAUCCUGAGAAGGUGACUGUCCACAAGCCCCGGGCCCCUGCCUUCUCUCUGGGCAUCAGACACUCAGAGUUUGUCACCCCACUGGUGGUCAAUGUAGCUGACUGAAAAGCACUUCUCACAACUAUGUUCCUCUGUCAUAUGGGACUAGGUUAGAUUAAUCUGCAAAACAAAGAACUUGAGAUGACAAUAGAGAAACAUUUCUACUGCUGUGCUGGCUUAAUAUUAAAUAUGAAGUGAAAGACAUUUAGAUACAGAACAUAUACAAACUUCCACACAAAAAGUAAAGAA